GCUGGAUGGCCAACGAAAUAGUCAGUAGUCAGCUGUGGUGUGCGGUCGGUUGGCUAUCGUCCGUUUACUGUCUUCAUGUCCAGUAUGGGGAAUUAUCAAUAGUAUAGGAGGAAGAAUGAAUUGUUAACCGGCUUUCUGACCGUACAGACUAACCAUUGGACAAUCCACAUGUGGAUUGAUUGAACAGUAGCCAUCCAUUCUGUGGUUUCUUGUCAAAGAGAAGGAGUGAAUUGAUCAGUAACCAUGGCGAUACACCAUUCACCAUCCGUUGGCCUGGAGGAUAUGGCUAAACUAACAGAUCUCAAAGACGAUAGUAUAUUAGAGAAUCUAAAGUUACGCUAUAAACAUGACCAGAUUUAUACUUACAUUGGUUCAAUCCUUGCCGCCCUCAAUCCAUACAAGAGUAUCCCAAGUAACUAUGAGAAAGAUGUGAUGCUUGCUUACAACAAACGUCAUAUUGGUGAACUACCGCCACACAUCUAUGCCAUCGCUAAUGAUUGUUAUUACUCCAUGUGGAAACGCAAUGAUAACCAGUGUGUCUUAAUUAGUGGUGAGAGUGGAGCAGGUAAGACAGAGAGUACAAAAUUCAUCUUGAACUUUCUAUCUGAGAUGAGUCAAGCAUCAGCUCAAGCAUCAGGCCCAGUAAAUACUGGAUCAAAGCUACGAGUGGAGGAUGCCAUACUUAAGAGCAGUCCUAUCAUGGAGUCCUUCGGUAAUGCUAAGACUGUGUACAACAACAACUCCAGUCGCUUUGGCAAGUUUAUCCAGCUACAGUUUACCAGUGAAGGCAGUAUACAAGGAGGCAGGAUACAAGACUAUCUUCUUGAAAAGAAUCGUGUAGUAGGACAGAACCCGAAUGAGCGUAACUAUCACAUCUUCUAUUGUUUGCUAGCAGGGAUUUCAGAUGAAUAUAAAGAGAGGCUGUAUUUGAGUGAAGCAAGCAGUUACCAUUACCUGAACCAGAGUGGUUGUAUAUCAGAUCCAACCAUUGAUGAUAAGGGAAACUUUCAAGCAGUUCAAGAAGCGUUGGGCGUGAUGAAGUUCACUCAAGAACAAAUCCAUGAUGUUUUCUGUUUGUUGUCUGCCAUCUUAACUCUUGGUAACGUUCAGUUCAUCACAGCGGGUGGUGCUCAAGUAAAAGACAUGCAGCCAAUUCAGAUAGUAGCUUCACUGCUGAAUAUUGAUGAGUACCAGUUGUGUGACUCUCUGACUCAAACGACACGAACUUUACGUGGAGAACUGAUUAGCACCCCACUAGAUGUUGAUCAGGCUUUGAAUUCUCGUGACUCGUUGGCCAUGAAUCUUUAUGGUCGCUGCUUCAAGUGGAUCAUUCAGCGCAUCAAUAGUUGCAUCAAGGGAAAAGAGUUCUUUCGCUCAGUUGGUGUCUUGGACAUCUUUGGCUUUGAGAAUUUCACGGUGAAUCGUUUUGAGCAGUUCAACAUCAACUUUGCAAAUGAGAAACUUCAGGAGUAUUUCAAUAAACACAUCUUCUCAUUAGAGCAGCAUGAAUAUAAUACAGAAGGAUUGGAAUGGGUAGAUAUUGACUGGCAGGAUAAUGGAGAGUGCUUGGAUCUUGUUGAGAGGAAACUUGGUAUUUUGGCACUCAUCAAUGAGGAGAGUCGCUUUCCUAAAGGUACAGAUGAAUCCAUGUUGGACAAAUUACACAGCAAUCAUGCGAAGAACGCUUUCUACAUCAAGCCCAAAGUAGCUGAUGGGAGGUUUGGGAUCCGUCACUAUGCAGGGGAAGUCUUCUAUGAAACCAAAGGAUUCCUUGACAAGAACAGAGACACAUUCAGAGAUGACAUCCUUGAAGUACUCAAGGAAAGCAGGUCUGACUUUAUCUAUGAUUUGUUUGAGACAAUGUUAGCAUCCAAAGCAGCGUCUGGAGACAAGACUAUGAGGAAGAAACCAACAGUCAGCUCACAGUUUCAGGAAUCGCUUCAUUCUCUGAUGUCUACACUAAACACAUGCAAUCCAUACUUUGUACGAUGUGUCAAACCCAAUGCUCAAAAAGCACCAUCUCAAUUUGACUCAUCACUUGUUGUGAAUCAACUACGCUACUCUGGAAUGCUAGAAACUGUGAAGAUUAGGAAGGCUGGCUUCCCAGUCCGGCGGCAGUUUGAGGAGUUCAUCAAGAGAUACAAAGCCAUCAUUCUUAAGGAGGAUCUUUCUAAAGAGGCAGCUCAGCUAUGCAGUCUCCUUCUUAUUAGGUUUGAUGAUAAGAAAGUAAAGUGGCAAAUGGGAAAGUCCAAAGUCUUCAUGAAGGAAAAUCUAGAGAGUCAACUUGAAACUGAACUGAAGAAGGAACUUGGAGUGUUGGCGAGUAAGAUCAAAGCUUGUAUCAAAGGCUUUAUUGUAAGGAAGCAAUACAAGAAGACCAUGGCACAGAUAGUCAUUGUACAGAAGACAAUAAGAAUGCAUCAAUGUAGAAGAUCAUUCUUGAAUGUACGACGCGCUGUGAUUGUCUUCCAAAAGUAUGAGAGAGCUCGUGUUGCACGGAAAAUCUUGAGAAACUUGAAGGAAGAGAAACGGAAGGAGGAAGAGCGACUGAGGGAAGAGCAGAGACAGAGAGAAGAACAAGAAAGGAGAGAACUUGAGCGAUUGAAAGCAGAGGCAAAAUUGCGGGAACUGGAAGAAUUGACAAGGAAGCUUGAAGAAGAGGCAAGACAAAGACAAGAAGAAGAAGAAGCUCAGAAGAGGUUAGAGGAGGAACAGAGAUUGGCUGACCUAGAAAAGGUUCGGCAACUUGAGAUUGCUAGGAAGCAAGAGGAGGAAGAGGCAAAGAGGAAGGCUAAUGAGCUGCGGAUUAAGCUUGAAGAGGAUGCUCAGAAGCUUGCUGAGGAACAAGAAAGACUGAAAAUUGAAGACGAGGAACGCCAACUCCUUGAAGAAGUUGAGAAGCGUCAGCAAGAGUUGGAUCGGUUACGAUCUGAACAACUUGAAAGAGCAGAGAGACAAAUCAUGCAUGAGUUUGAUCACUCACUUGCACAGCUCGCGGCUCAGGAGUCACAUGACUUUUAUUCUUCUUUGGAGCAGCCACCAGAGCAAUAUAUUGAAGAUUCAGAGGAAGAUGAUGAUAAUGCAUCUAAGAAAUCAGAUGAAACACAUUUCUUUGAGGGUUUCCUUCAAAUGAAGACAGGUGGUAUGGUCAAUUCAUGGAAGAAGCGGUGGUGUGUCUUGAGAGAUGAAACACUUAUGUGGUUCAAGUCUAAACAGGAAGCACUUAAGUCUGGUUGGCUCAUGAAGAAAGGAGGUGGAACUGGUACCUUGUCAAGGAGAAACUGGAGGAAACGUUUCUUUAUUUUGAAAGACUUCACUUUAUCUUACUAUGAAUCAGAUAGUAACACGGCAAAGUUACUUGGCAAAAUUGACAUCAAAGGGGCAACAAAUAUAACAGACAGCAGUUUUGGACGUGAGAAUUCUAUUGAUAUAGAGACAGAUGGAAGGACUUAUCACUUGGUAGCAGACACCGCUGAUGAUUGCAGUGAAUGGUACAGCAUUUUGACACGAGUAAAGAACUCGCAAGAAUUUGAGCUGAAACAGAUGCAUGAUGAGGAGGCAAAUCCUAAGAAUGCUAUUGGUUCAUUGGAUGUUGCUAUCAUUGAUUCUGUGGUUCCUGUCAAUAUAGCUUCAAAACCCAACUGUUUUGCAAUCAUCACUGCUGAGAGAGUGAUUAACUUAAUGAGUGCUACACCUGUUGGGAUGAACAACUGGCUUGCAGCUUUGACUCAGUACCAUAAAGGAAAGCGUGCCUACAAGCAAGAAGAUAUCAUCCUGAGUGGCUGGUUGACUAAGGAGAGUACAUCUACCGGCACACUGGCAAGAGUUUCAACUGGUUCCCGUAAGAAGCGCUACUUUGUGCUUACUGCUAACUCUAUUGAGUUCUAUCGAAGCGUAGAGUUACAGCAGAAGAUGGGAGCCAUUGCUUUUAACAGUCUGUGCUCAGUGACGUUGCCUGAUGAAAAGACGUUCAAAGAGGAAGCCUGCCCAGCAUCCAAUCCCAACUCACCGAGCCAUAAAACAAAAACUAAAAACAGUCCCACCCACCAACCCACCACACCCAAUGGCUCUACACAAAGCCUCAACAAUAUCAGUUUCAAAUCUAGUAAUAACAUAGUGGCGACUCUCAUCCGAAAUAAAAAGAAAAAACGCAGGGGUAGUCUCGGUAACAUCUUAUCAAAUGGUGUCUUGCCUAUAGACACCACCACGCCCAACCAGACAAAUGGUAUCAAGGCCACGCCCCCUUCUAGCCCUGCCCAGUCCAACUCAAUGCGUAGACGAUCCAAUAGCCUUGUUUCCACUCUUAUGAGAUCUAGUAAGAGACUAAGUAGGCUAGAUCGUGAGGGUUACUGGAAGUUUGUUGUACAUGGACGUAACUGUUCAUUCAACCUUUAUACUGUGUCUUAUGAUGAUGCUUGGCAAUGGACAUAUGCCAUUCAAGAUGUGAUUGAUAGCAAACCUCUGUUGGAAACACCCUUCCAGAUUCUAAUAAGAGAAAUAAAGGAAUCUGCUAUGAAUGGAGAUCUGACCAGCAUUGAGAGAAUCUUUAAAUUGAAUCCCAUCUUAAGAAAUACUCCUCAUGUCUUGAAGUCACCCUUACUGCCUCUGCCGUAUGGAUUGAUUGUCAGUUCCAGUCAAGAGAAGGGUUACACCACAUUGAAUGAUGAAGCUGUGAAGAUAUUUAACUCUCUACUUGGAUCAGAAAACCUACCUGACCCUAUGCCAGUUAUACAGGGUAUUUUGCAAACAUGUCAUGAUCUGAAGCCCCUGAGGGAUGAGGUUUACUGUCAGAUUAUCAAGCAAACAACCGGGGUACCAGACCCUGAUAGUCUGAAUAAUCUACGUAACUGGCAGAUUUUGGCUUGUCUCUGCUGUAGCUUCUUACCAAGCAGGAAUAUACUCAGAUAUACACGCUUCCAUAUGAAGAGGCAAAUGGAGUUGUUUCCAGAGACUCAGACUGCUCGCUAUGCUGAGUUUGCCAUCGAUGCACUGAAGAGAACAAGAUCCAGGGAUUUUGCCCCAUCUAGAGCAGAGGUCAUAGCUAUUUUGGGUCGCAGAGAGAUGAGUGCGACAGUGUUCUGUCAUGGAGAUGGAUCGUGUCAAAUUAAUAUCAACUCAGCAACAACUGCAGGACAGGUGGUACACACUCUAGUGAAGGGGAUGGGUCUAGAUAAAUGUCACAAUCGGUUUGCUCUGUAUGAACGUAGUGGCCAUGUAGAGAAAGCCAUUGAGGACCGGACAGUCAUUGCAGAUAUCAUCGCUAAGUUUGAACGAUACAAAGCUAGAGGGCUGAGUGAUCGUGGGAAACCUUGGCAACUCUUCUUCAAACUCUUCUGUUACUUGGAUACUAAGAAUGUGGAGAAGGGGAGCAUUGAGUAUAGUUUCUUGUAUGAAGAGGCCUGUGAGGAUGUCAUACGUGGUUUCUUUCCCACUUCAGCUGAGAAAUUGAUCCAACUGGCUGCCCUCCGUACACAGUUUGUUCGUGGUGACUAUGUCCAGAAUGAUUGGAUACGUGAAUUGAGUGAAGUGUACCCUGUGGAUAGACUUAAAUCCCAACCUAAGAAAGACGACAAUGACUUCGCUGGAUUUCCGAUGAAGCAACGAAAAGAUAACUUCAUAUCAGGUACUCUGAAAGGAUUAGGUGACAAGACACUUAAGAAGUUACAGAAGUCUGCUUCUGAUGACUCCAUUUUGGAUUCAGUGUUUGCUGAUGAGAUCUCAGCUACGACAACAAGGAUUGUUGACAAGUGGAAAACACUGAAGGGUAUUUCUGCAGACAGUGCUCAAGAAGCCUACAUGAACAUCAUCCAGCAAUGGAAGUCUUAUGGUGCACGUUUAUUUGAGGUAGAGAGCACUGAUGGUAGAUUUCCUGCCAACCUGUGGCUUGCUGUUGGUGCUAGUAUGGUUGCUGUACAUAAACAGGGGGAACCUAAUCCAAUUGAAGAGAUUACGUAUGAGAGGAUACUAUCAUUUGGAGCACCGAUACCAAACGAGUACAAGAUAGUUGUAGAAGGAAGACGACAUGAAUUGUCCUUUGAAACAAACCAAGUCUUUGAGAUUGCCAAGUUGAUGAAGGCCUACAUUAAUGAGAUAGUCCGGAAAAGGCAAAGUAUCUACAGCGUUUCAAAUGGAAAUAUUCCAGAACAAAAACAACCUGUAGCCCUCAACAAUCCUUCCCCAUUUGAUAAAUAUUUUUGAUGAAAGUCACAGUGGUAAGUAAUAUAUACAGGUUUUGAUAAAA